UCAAAACGGUGGUGAAAUGUUUCUCGUCGCCCUAACCGGUGGUAUCGCUUCAGGCAAGAGCACCGUAACGAAGAUAUUCCGGGACAAUGGUGUGCCGGUCAUCGAUGCGGACGCUAUCGCACGCCAAGUCGUUGAACCGGGUCGACCAGCAUGGCAUAAAAUUAAGGCCACCUUUGGCGAGGAAAUCUUCCACGCUGACAGUGGUGAGCUGAACCGGGAAGCCCUCGGACGUAUUAUAUUCGAUGAUGUAGAGAAACGCAGACUUUUGAACGAAAUCACACAUCCAGAGAUUCAUCGGACUAUCUACAAGGAGGUGAUCAAAUGUUUCUUUCUUGGGCACAGCUUCGUUGUGCUCGAUCUACCGCUGUUGUUCGAAAUACGCGUUAUGCUGAACUACAUACAUAAAAUCAUUACCGUCACUUGCGAGGAAGAUAUUCAAGUCACACGGCUGAUGGAUCGCAGUCAAUAUACGGAGGCAGAGGCGAAAAAGCGCAUUAAAGCACAGAUGCCACUGGAGCUCAAGUGCGAACAAUCACACUUUGUCAUAGAAAACUCAGGAACGCUUCGGGACACUGAGGAGCAAACGCUCAAAAUACUGGCCAUUCUGCAAGAUAGCAAUCAGCAUUGGAAAAUUCGGGGCGUCAUCUUUGCUACGGCGGCCUUGCUCGUUUCCAGCAUUGCAUGGUUGCUAAACUACAAAUACAAAUGGUUUAGCUCAAACUAA